AUGGACAUUGACUUGGUAUCAAUCUUCCGUCUUCCCCCUGAAGGAUCUGAAGAGGAUAAUGCAAUCGCUGGAGUGUUAACUCGCCGCAACCCAUCUUAUUGUCAAACCGGCGACAAAGGUACCCAACUGCCACGUUUCACAGAACACCCUGUAGACCUCACGGCCGUGAAGAUAGCUGUCACCAGCUGUCGCCUAGCAGUUGCGGCGGCUCCCCCACUCCUUCACCCUGGCCCCAAGAUAGAUACUCCCCCGCUGAUUAGCGUCCGCCCUGUAGAACUGACUGUAGAGGAAGGACAGGAUGCAGUGUUUUCCUGUGGGGUUGUAGGAAGACCAUCCCCUACAAUAUUCUGGUUGGUGGAGGUUAACCACACUCUGAUAUUGCCGGGUAGUGAGAACGGGAGAUUUGUGUCUUCAGAGGAGGAGGGCUACGUUACCUUGACUGUAAAACAGGUGAAGAGAGAAGACGAUGGACUUGUAGUGAUGUGUGGCGCCGUCAAUUCCGUCGGAUCAGACUCAUGGUUUUCUCGUCUAACUGUGUCCACCCCCGCAGAUCAUCCCCCGCCUAUCAUCCAGCUGGGCCCCGCCAACCAGACACUGCCCCUGCAUACCCCCGCCACACUGUUGUGUAAAGCUUCUGGCCAGCCAUCCCCCGUAGUGUCCUGGUACAAGGAUGGUGUACCGGUCAAAACUGAUCCUCCGAUGAUAAGCAUCUCGGACGACGGCACACUUACGAUCAAAGAUCUUGUAAAGAGUGACGAAGGUCUCUACACCUGUGUGGCGUCCUCACCUGCAGGCAAAGCAACAUGGAGUGCAAGCCUCCGCCUAGAGCCCCGCACUAAUCCAAAUGCUGCAUUCUUCCGUAGUCCAGAACCUGCUACUUUACCAGGUCCUCCCAGCACCCCUGUCCUGGUAGACUCUACUGACUCUAGCAUCACGAUAUCUUGGACUAGAAACAACAAGAUCGGCGCAUCCUCACUUCUCGGAUACCAAGUAGAAAUGUUCAGCAGGUCACUGACGGGGGGUUGGCUCGUAGUCGCAAGGAGAGUCGCUGGUCCUACCUACACCCAGAACUACCUCCAGUCCAACGCCUCGUACAAGUUUGUAGUGAGAGCGGAGAACUCCCACGGUCUGUCGUCUGCUUCCCCUCCUUCCGCUACCCUAUCACUGAUGACUUCUCAUACCAGAGAGGACGCUGGUGUCCAAGAGGCUAGGGCGAGUCUGUCCACGGGACAUGUGGUUAACUUGAAGUCUGUGCAGCCUGUGUCUUCAACAUCUGUCAAAGUGACUUGGGAGAUUCUGAGUGGAGAUCACGUCGAAGGAGUGUUGAUCUAUUCUCAAGACAAAAACACAACUUCGUCAGUGUCGGUGCUUCACUCUAGAGAUUCUUCGAGCUACUUGGUCACUGGAUUGCAGCCAUACACUCAGUACCAGUUCUUCCUCAUACCAUUCUAUAAGACAGUGGCAGGCCGACCGUCCAACUCUGCGACCGCCGUGACUUUGGAAGACGUUCCUUCAGAACCUCCUAGUCAUCUACAGGCUGUGUUGGUCAGCAAGAGAAGUGUUCAGCUAAAGUGGAAACCUCCAACGUAUGGUCAAAAUGGGAUCAUUACAUCUUAUCAGGUGAUGGUCAGAGUUGGGAACAGUGUGAACAACGUCACAGUUUCUGCAGCAAACCCUUCCCUCCUUCUGACCAAUCUGACCGUGGGGAUUGUCUACACAGUGCAGGCAGCAGCGGCUACUACAGUGGGGGUUGGACCCUACAGUAACCCUAGGUCUCUAAGGCUGGACCCAACAGCUGCAGUGUCAGGACACUUUGGCCAGCCAAUCAACAUGCAGCCUAGCCUGGAUAUGACAGAACCAGAUGUUUUGUCCGAGUCGUGGUUUACAGCACUUCUAGGCUCCAUGGUUACAGUAAUGUUCUUGUUCUUCUCUGCGAUGUUCUAUGUGUGGCGGAAACAGAUGAUAAACGACAAAGGAUAUCAACAAGAUGCCCAGAGGAAUAGUGAAGUUCUCGGUUUUCGUGUGAUUCCACCUCCUCUCUCGGAUCUGUGGAUAGACCAACAUAAAUCUGAAGCCAAAGAUUGCGCUGAGAUCAAUGGACAAAGCUACGAUGAUACGUCAGCUGCCUAUGCAUAUACAACUCUUGUUCCACCGUCUGCGAAUAGGAGCGUUGACUGCAAUAAAGGCACAUACUAUGGCCCAUCUUACACUUCCUUCGGUUACUACGGGAGGAAAAUAUAUUGUGACAACUACAAUUACAACUGCCUCAGCAAUAAGGAAUAUUCUAAACUAAUAGGUAAUUCAAGUCCUAUGGUCACUCAUGUUACUGAACAAGGAGGGACUCAGAUGGAAACAGAGAGGGAAGCUAUGAAGAACAUUCAGCCAAGCAAACCAUCUCUCUUGCCUAGAUUUUAUCCAACUGUAAACAGCACUUUAUUGACCUCAAUCCCUGGCAGAAGCAGACAGCAGGACAAGAUCUAUACAGAGAUUGGUAUUGAGAGAAACUCAAUAUAUUAUCCCCAAACGAGAAAACUGUCUACGUUUAGCUGUCAGACCCAAAUCCAUUGCAACCAAAAUCAUAAUACAAACAUAUAUCACUCAUCUACAGGUGAACCUCCAAGAUUAACCUAAUUUUUGAUCACGCAGCUUUCAACAAAAGUAGGAUGCUGUGUGACCUUCUUUUUGAUUUGUACUAUUUACUUUUUUGCCACUUUCUUCAUGUUUUCUGAGAUUAUGACAAAAGCGUGAAUU